GAUAAUUUGACAAUUCAUUCUUUUGUCAAGAAAAAAGUUAAAUCAUCAUUUCCCGUCGCCAUAUUUGCGACGAAAUCGCGAGGGUGUUUUGCGACAAGUAAACCGUCGUUUUCGACGAGGGGAGUUUCCUGCUCCCAACCGUUUUCGCCUAUUUUUCUGACCAUCUAUUUUGUCAUUACAGUUUUAGACAAAUUUGUUAUUUUACGGUUAUUUCUUGUUUGGGAAUUAAUAAACAUGGCUUUUUAAAAUGUCUGCCUUCAAAUUGUGCGUAACCACUCCUUGUGGAGGAGCUAUCAACUCCAAUAAAUCAACUACAAGUACUACCGAAGGACAGAGGGAUGGAGAAGAAAGGAAAUCGCAAUUUGUCACUUGCAAGGGGCUCGACUACUGAUUCCAAAAAAGAUGGUGUCAGUACAAAACCGUGGCCUCGCGGCAGUCGUCGCCGCGAAGUUACGGGUGCAAGUCUUACCCCAAAAUUGGAGGUAUCUAGAAAACCACAGACUCAACGUGUCAAGACCAUUGAUAAAAGACCCCGAUCCCGUGGUACUGGUUACUAUUCAGGUGCCACAACUCGAAAUGAGACGACCGGCUUAGAAGAGGAUAACAAUAUCCACCAUGUGGAAUUGGGUUCAGUUUUUUCACCAGGCAGUAAGAAGCAGAGCCAUAAUAAUUUGAUAAAUUUCUCUUAUCCUCCAAGAGGAAGUUUUAAUUAUCCUGCUGGAAGACGUGGUAAUGGUAAUCGGAGGAUGGGCACCAUAAAGCAUAAAUACAAUAAAGAACAAUUUUUGCAAGCUAAUUGUCAAUUCAUUGUUAAUAGUAAUGGUGAUUAUAAAAAAUACUUGGAUAAUCCAGAUGCUUUAGUAGACUGGAAUUUAAUUGAACAAGUAAACUUACAAGUAUCGGAAUAUUCAAUAUGUCCGAUCUGUCUUUAUCCACCUAUGGCAGCCAAAAUUACACGUUGUGGUCAUAUCUACUGUUGGUCCUGUGUUCUUCACUAUUUAUCUUUGUCCGACAACCCAUCGAGAAAAUGUCCUAUUUGUUUUGAUACCAUUUAUAAACAGGAUCUUAGGAGUGUAGUUGUAAUUCCUUUUACAACCCUCAACAAUGCUGAUACCAUAACAUUCAGGUUAAUGAAAAGGCCUAAAGAUUGCUUAAUAGCAUAUCCAGCAGAUGCUGAAAUAAAGGAUGUAAAUUAUAUGUUCAAUUUUUCUGAAAAUGGCUCCAAAGAUGUUUAUUCAAAACUGCUUCUCGCAACAGUAGAUGAUAUUCUUGCCAUUAUAGAUAGGGAGAAAAGAGAGUUGAAAAAUCAAUUUGAAGAGGAAGAUGGUCCCGAAAAAGGUUUUAUUGAACAAGCCAUGGCUUUGUUAAAAGAAAGAGAAGAUUCUGUGUGUGAAAAUGUUGAGUAUGUUAAAGAUCAUCAUGGAGCUUGUGCAAAAGUAAACCUUGAAGCAAUUUUUCAUGAUUUGGAAAUAAGUGACAAUAUCAAACAUUUUGAUAAAACUAUUGACAAUAAUUUAGAAAGUUGCAGUCAGAAUCAACCUGUUAAGAUCCAUUAUUUUUAUCAAGCGUUUGAUGGUCAACACAUAUACCUCAAUUCUAUCAAUGCAAAUAUGUUGGAACACAGUUAUAAUUCAUUAGAAUUAUGUCCAAAGAUAUUAACGGGUAAAAUUGUUGAGAAAGUGUGUCACUCUAUGACUGAAGAUUUGCGUAAGAGAAUGAGAUACCUUCAGCACUUACCACUUACUUGUCAGUUUGAAAUUGCAGAGAUUGAAUUAAAAACUCCUAUAGUCACAAAAGAAACUCUUGAGAAAUUUCAUGAUAAGAUUGAAAGUCGUAAACAAAUGCGACGAAAAAGAGCGAAAGAAGAAAAACGUCGUGAGAAACGGAUUGAAAUUGAGGAAAAUCGUAAAAUGAAAAAAUAUGCUCAUCCAAAUUUGCAUUUAGAGUCCAACAUUCAAUUUCCCGAAUUUGGUUUUGAAGCAAGGCUUCGAACUGAGUCUGAAAGUACUUUACCAAGUGAACAAAACACUUCUUCUGAUUUAGGUGGACCUACACCUAGCUUUUCAGUGGAAAGCAGUUAUGCGGGACCUUCAUUUGCCAAAAUGUUGGCUACUGAGAAAAAACCAUCAGUACCAUCUUGGUCUGAUUUAAAAUCUACAUCAUCCACAUCUAAUUCGCCAAAAUUAAUCAAUGUUACUGGCUCAAAAAUGAAAAUGCUUUCUAAUGUACGUAGACCAAGUUUAAGUGAAGAAGAUCCGGAUGAUUAUGAACCAGUUCCAUCCUUCAAUAGAAGUUUUGGUGAUGCAAUAGCUCAGGCUCUCGAACUAAAAGAAAAAGGAGACAUUGAAUACUCUCGUCAGCCCGGUAAAAAGAAGAAAAAAACCAAACAAGUUUUAUUUGCUACAGGUAUGGCUUAUUCUGAAAAGUAAUUUUUUGUUAAUACAUAACAAUGAUAUAGUGUAGUUUUUGUUUUAUUCAACUUCAAAUUGUGUGUAAUUAUGUUUACGGAUUUUAUGUUUAAUAAACUUAAAAGUUU